AUGUGUAAUCAAGCCAGCUCGAUUAGAGUGGGAUUCGACCUAGAAUCUCUUAUAGGAAAGCAGAAAGCGUGCAAGGAGAUGGAACAACCAGAGAAGAGAGGAGCAAGCUCACCGGAAGCUGGUAAGCUGUUUAUCGUCGUCCGAUCAAGGGACAAUCCCGGAAAAUGCAGUGCAAUCGACGUGAAAAGUAGUCAGCUAAGCUUCGGGAACCGUUAUUCCGGCGAUUUUAGGUCACCGGAGAGGAGCUUUCACAGCGACGAGGGGUUUGCAGGAGGAGACGAGGAGAGAGCAAACAUGGUCUUGAGCUCAUUUGGUAGGAAGCAAGUUAUGUAUUCGAUUUCGAAGAUUCUGCGAAGGAGUCGAAGACUUAACCUUGCGGCUUCUUCGUUUGGUGCGGUCAAUAAACUACAAGUAUCAAUCGGUGACAAAGGAAUUGCUUUCAGUUCAUCUGGAUUGAUUUAUAAUGAAUCCAGAGGUUUAAUCAGACGGUAUUCCGCAAGAGAUGUGUUUACGCGCUUCAUUGGCAUCACUAAGCUUUCUUCUGUAGCUGAUGCAAAUGACAAAGUAGAUGAGAAAGAAAAGGAAGAUGAGCUAUCUGAACCAGAGGAGCCACUAACUGUUUCUGAGGAUGUACCAGAGGUAGUUGAAGAUGAUUCCUCAUUCGAUUCUGAGCUUGGUAGUCAUGUAGAUGCCGCUGAUGAUGAUGAUCUCGAAACGGAAGUAGAGCAUUCAAACAAAGGGGAAACGAAAACGAAAAGAGUCCGCUGCGAGUUGUAUGACUCCAUUGUUGCGUAUAAAUCAGUUAAACACGUUCUUGAAGUAUGGGUCAAAGAAGGAAAAGAUUUGAGUCAAGCAGAGGUUUCUCUUGCUAUUCACAAUCUGCGUAAACGCAAAUCCUAUGCUAUGUGUUUGCAGCUGUGGGAGUGGUUGCGAGCUAAUACAAAGUUUGAGUUCACAGAAGCAAACUAUGCUUCUCAGUUGGAUUUGGUGGCUAAGGUGCAUAGCUUGCAAAAAGCUGAAAGCUUUUUGAUGGAGAUUCCAGAGUCUUUCAGGGGAGAAGUAGUAUACAGAACCCUGCUUGCGAAUUGUGUACUUAAGCUUCAUGUGAAGAGAGCCGAAGAGCUUUUUAACAAAAUGAGAGAGCUGAAAUUUCCAACAAGCGUGUUUGCUUGCAACCAGCUGCUUCUCCUCUACAGUAAGCAUGACAGGAAGAAGAUACCUGAUGUUUUGUCUCUGAUGGAGAGAGAGAACAUCAAGCCCACUCGCGGCACCUAUCAGUUUUUGAUCAACAGUAAAGGUUUGUGCGGGGACAUAACUGGAAUGGACAAGAUCGUGGAGACGAUGAAGGAAGAAGGUAUUGAGCUAGAUCCAGAGAUACAAGCUACCUUGGCUAGGUACUACAUAAGAGCAGGGCUUAAGGAGCGAGCGGAAGAAGUUAUGAAGGAAAUCGAAGGGAAAGGCUUGAAACAAACUCCAUGGGUGUGCCGUUCAUUACUCCCUCUUUAUGCAGACAUGGGAGACAAGGAGAAUGUGAGAAGACUGAGUAAGUUUGUUGAACAGACGCUGAGGUAUGAUAAUUGCAUCGCUGCCAUUAAAGCAUGGGGAAAGCUGAAGGAAAUCGAAGAAGCAGAGGCGGUGUUCGAUAAACUUGUGGAGAGAUACAAACUUGUCCCUAUGCUGCCAUAUUUUGCCCUCAUGGAGAUAUACACUGAGAACAAGAUGCUAGCGAAAGGCAAGAACCUGGUCAAACGAGUGGCGAACGCCGGGAUUAAGAUCGGGCCCUCGACAUGGCACGCACUUGUGAAGCUCUACAUCAAAGCAGGAGAAGUUGGAAAAGCUGAGUUGAUAUUGAACAAAUCGACAAAGGAUAAUAAGACGAGGCCUUUGUUCAUCUCUUACAUGGUGAUCCUUGAGGAAUACGCGAAGAGAGGCGAUGUUCAUAACGCGGAGAAGGUUUUCCUGAGGAUGAAGAGGGCAAGCUAUGCAGCUCAGCUUAUGCAGUAUGAAACACUUCUCAUGGCUUAUAUCAACGCCAAAGCUCCUGCUUAUGGGAUGAGUGAGAGGAUGAAGGUAGAUAAUGUGUUCCCGAAUAGGACUCUUGCUGCGAAACUGGCUCAGGUUGAUCCAUUUAGAAAGUCUCCAGUCUCUGUUCUACUUGACGAAUGA